AUGGACCGGCUGUGGGUCGCCGAGGACCGGGGGGUAGAGCUGUGCUCCGCCAAUGUGCGAUUUGGACAUAAGGGGGUAGAGCUGUGCUCCACCAAGGUGCAAUUUGGACAUAAGGGGGUAGAGCUGUGCUUCACCAAUGUGCAAUUUGGACAUAAGGGGGUAGAGCUGUGCUCCGCCAAUGUGCCAUUUGGACAUAAGGGGGUAGAGCUGUGCUCCGCCAAUGUGCGAUUUGGACAUAAGGGGGUAGAGCUGUGCUCCGCCAAUGUGCGAUUUGGACAUAAGGGGGUAGAGCUGUGCUCCGCCAAGGUGCGAUUUGGACAUAAGGGGGUGGAGCUGUGCUCCGCCAAUGUGCGAUUUGGACAUAAGGGGGUAGAGCUGUGCUCCGCCAAUGUGCGAUUUGAACAUAAGGGGGUGGAGCUGUGCUCCGCCAAGGUGCGAUUUGGACAUAAGGGGGUAGAGCUGUGCUCCGCCAAGGUGCGAUUUGAACAUAAGGGGGUGGAGCUGUGCUCCGCCAAGGUGCGAUUUGGACAUAAGGGGGUAGAGCUGUGCUCCGCCAAGGUGCGAUUUGGACAUAAGGGGGUAGAGCUGUGCUCCGCCAAGGUGCGAUUUGGACAUAAGGGGGUGGAGCUGCAUUCCAGUAAGGUGCAAUAUGGACAUAAGGAGGCAGAGCUGGGCUUUGGCAAGGUGUGAUUUGGUGAUAAGGAGGCUCUGUCUAUAUUAAACCCUGCUUGUAAAUGAUUUUCUCUAAAUAAUUGACAGUUUAUGUGCAUUAAACUGCUGACUUUUGAUAAAGGUAAAAUGUUCAUUCUGGUAAAUCGUAUUUGACGUUCCCUGUAUUAUUUGUCGCAUGUGUUUCAGGCUGGCAUUCAAGAUGGAAGCCUCUUUCAGACUUUCUGCUUCAUUUCAGCUUCUCUCAUGGAAGGGAAUCCUUUCCACACCAUGACUUAGCUGAUUUACUGGACUAAAAUCUAAACAUCCUUCCACAAACCGGCUUCUCAGGUUCUAACUUCGAGAGUAGAUAGAGAUUCUUAAUCUCAGUUGUCUAAUUAACAUGUGGAAUGUUUGGGAAGCAGGUGU